CAAGCUGCGCGUGCGCAUGUUUCGCCUUUCUAACGUAGAUGGUGCUUUUAGAAUUCCUUUGUGUAAAGUUUUCAAUGUUUCAUAUUGUUGUCUUAUAUGUUGGUGAUUUGUUGUGUACUUACCCUAAGAAAUAUACGUACUGCUCUUUCGUCGGUUGUUUUUCGGAAAUGUAGACAUAUAAACAAUUUCAAUCUCAAAUAACAGAAACAUUCGUAACGAAAGUUCUAUAUUAUUAGUAGAUACAACAAAGUUGUUACAGACAAUUGCUUAAUAAUUAAUAUUUGACACCGCACUACUAACUGAGUGAUUCGUCUCGACUAGAAGUGACAUUGGCUUUUGGGCUUAGCGCAUUAACAUGUCAUGUUGUUUUACUAAGGCAUCUAGUACUAAUAUAAUAAAAAAAUGAGUAUUAUUCUCUGGUAUUAACAGUAACAGAUAAAAUAUUCCAUUGAAUUUUAAUAAAUAAUAAAUGCCAUUGCAUACUCGAUAAACAAAAUUAAUACUGCGUAACUUAUUUUUUUUGUGUGUUAAAAUAUAUGUUCAUAAACACCGUAAAUUUGAGUGAUUUAAACGAGAUAGUUAUUAGCAUAAUAUAAGUUGAAGAGCAAUUAUUAAUCUUUACUAAAUACGAAGAAACUUGCCAUCGCACUGCUUUAAUUGAAUUUUGUUGGCACGUUUCUUAUAAGUCCAAAAAUAAUGUUUAUUUUCGGAAAUUUGCAAUCACUUUAUUAAACUACUAUUGGGGAGGCCCACAUGACAAUUGACAACACUCAUCACGACGAGGUUUCGAUACGAUUUUUCUAAUUGAUCUACUGUGUUUUUUACACUGUGGCAUAUGCUUAUCGAACUUCUGUUACCUAUAAAAGACGCCUCGACUCCUGCCUCGGUCAUUUUACAGUUGGCACCGCGCAGUGCACUAGAGUGGUAAUUUUGACGCUGCGGUGUCUGUGUCAUCGCCCGUGUGAUAAGUUGUUUUCUGACGCUAUAUUUAUUGUUAUGGAUUAUCCAAAAACUCCGUUUGACUCCAUCUUCCAAGUAUGUGAUGACAGAAAAAAAAGUUUGAUAAAUCUACCUAAAGUGAUAGCCGCAAAGAAAGUGAAAUUUCUCAAAGCUAUUGGUGCUACCGACCAACUUGACAACAUAGACGCCGCGAAUAUGGAUGAUGAAAAUCUACCUUUAGACGACAUUUUCUGGAGACCUAUAUGUCCACUUAGAAAGAUGUCAUCAGUACCUUUCCAUGAUUCCAUCGUAGUAAAUGAUUUUAAGGCUAUGAAACGGUCGAAGUUUGACUUAAGAACGUAUAUAUCAUGCGUCAAGACAUUGUAUAGCCGAAACGUUGGUGGUGACAAACUUUUGUAUUUGUUAUGUCAUGCAAGAGAUUUUUCAUCGCCACAAAACAAUUUGUUUACAUUCUCUGAUAAUGGAACUUUUGAAGAGCAAACAUUCGAAUGUUUGGAGGAUUUCGAACCCUCUAUAUCCAUAGAGUGUUCGUUUACUGCACAGCUGAUGACGUUGAUGGAAGACUUACUGUUGAAGUACGACGAGAUGAAAUACCAACAGCUCAACUUAAAUGUUACUUAUUUGUUACUUUUUAUGGUAAGGAAGAUAUUCAAAUGCCAAUCAAACUACGUCAACGCGCUCAAGAAGCCUAAAACUCAUCAGGAGUAUGUGAAAUUAUGUCCUCGACCGCUCUGCACGCGACUGCCCGACGACCCGCCGCUUCUCAACAACGAAGUGGCUCCGAAAGAAGACAAAUUAUUCACGCUCAUCUUGUACGCGUAUUCGAGGAGCACAGGAUUGACGAAGCGAGUGCUGGUGGCCACUUGCAUCGAAGAAAUGAUGUACACCGGCCUCGGUUUGCCGAUGUUGUUCGACAAAGUCAUGCAAUUGUACAAAGUGCCUGCGGCUCGGCUGUGGGACGCGCUCACUGUUUACAUAGAUUCAUGUGAAGCUAUGUUUACAUUGGCUGAUUUCUAUGAGAUGCAGCGUAAAGGCAAGGAUUGUACGCCACCUAAAACGUUCACUCUAUUUCCGUACUGCAGGGUUCUCAAUGGGAAAUAUCACGGUGAGCUGUCCAGCGCUUUUUAUAAAAACUAUAUAUCGUGUUACGCUAUGGCGUACUUGGUUGAUAAGAAGAUAGGAAUGGACAAAUCGCACAUGAGAAAAGCACACUGGGUAGGUAAACGUUCAGUUGUUUGGCAAAAUAAAGGAGUAAUGACUGCAACUGCGGCUCACAAUAAACUAAUGAAUGUAUGAAUUGAGUUACCCUGCGCACAAUGUUGUUCUUAUUUUAUAAUACAACAAUUUAUUAUAGAGACUUCAUUUUUAUUAAAUUCAAUAAACAAUACUGAUAUUUUGUAUGUACUAGCACCAUAAAAAACAUAUUAUUUAGUUUAUAAAAAUGUUGUACCCCAACGUUUUACUCAGCGUUACUUCCUUGUUUUAUAAUUUAUGGCCAACCAAAGAUAAAAUGAAAUAUGUACCGGCCGAUAAGGGUGCCUUAUACUACCCGUCAUUAUUUCUAUAGAGUUUAAUGCAGUCAAUGUAUUUUUAAGUCUAGUAAUAUUUUAAUUUAGCGAGUUAAUAAACAGAGUCAAUCGUAGCACAGAAAGUGAUGGCAAAUUAAAAAAGAUAUACCUUAUAACCGCGGGUAAACAUGAAGUGACUAAUGUUUUACUUUAACAUCGUUAAAAUAAUAAAUAUUUUCAAAUAAAAAUAUAACUGUAAGAUAAACUCAUCUUUUAAUCUUCACGGUUAUAAACCGUAGAUAUUUUUGAAUUUGCCGCUAUAUUUCUGUGACACGACACGUUGGCCAGACUACUAUAAGCUAUAUUAAUGUUUAGAAUUGAAAUAAUCACUAAUAUCGGUAAGCACAAUGUUAUUAAGAAAUAAAGUGUUUCUAUUAAUUAAA